AUGCAAAAAUCUGGGAAAGAUUAUUCUCUUUUGCUGGUACUCCCAUCAGGAGUUUACCGAUACAGAUUUGUUGUAGAUGGAGAAAGGAGAUGUCUUCCUGAUCUUCCCUGUGAAACUGAUGCAAUGGGCAAUGCGGUUAACCUUCUUGAUGUUAAUGAUUUUGUCCCUGAAAGUGUUGAGAGCGUGGCAGAAUUUGAAGCACCUCCUUCUCCAGAUUCUAGCUACAGUUUCCAGGCACCUGAGGAGAAGGACUUUGCCAAGGAGCCUCCUGCUCUUCCAUCUCAACUCCAUCUCGGUGUUCUUAACUCACAGAACUCGGAAGAAAGCUGCGCCCGGCCACAGCACAUAGUCCUCAAUCACCUCUUCAUAGAGAAGGGCUGGGGCGCCCACCCUCUGGUGGCUCUCGGCCUAACCCACAGGUUCGAGUCCAAAUAUGUAACUGUCGUCCUGUACAAACCCAUCGAACGAUAG